AUGUAUGAUUUGCUUCNUAAUCAUGUUUCUUCAUUGUAUUUGUAUUUAAAGGAAACAGUGGAGGAAUUUCAGAAACUGUUUGUGGAAAAUGAAGUGUUGAAAGACUCUGUCACUGGUCUUCAGCAACAGUACAGAAGUACUGCAGAAAGCAAUGAGGCAACAAAGAAACAAUUGGAAUGUGUUGUCUUCGAAAAGGAUGAGCUUAGUCUCUCACUCAAGUCUCUACAAGAGGAGCAUAACAAGAUAGUGAAAGAAAAUGAGGGGCUAAAAGGUCAACUUGAGGAUUUGACUUCAGCUAUGGAGAGUACAAAGAAGAAUUCAGAAUCAUCAAACGAGAAUGACGAAGAGCAAACAAAGCUCACCAAACAGAUACAAGAAUUGACAGCAGAAAGGAAGAAACUGGUGAAGUCACUCACUGAACUGAGGGAGAAGUUUGAUACAGCUGUUGCGGAGAAUGCAAAGAGAGAAAAUCUUAUUCAAGACUUAAAGGAAGAAGUCAAAGUUAAUUUCCUUGAAAACCAGGAGCUCAAAAAGCAAGUUGAGACAGUUAUUGAACGAGAGAAAAAACUAAAAUCAGAGCUAAAGAAGAAAGAACAGGAUCUCAAAACAGAACUGGAAAACAGUAAAGAUGGCCAGAAACAACUUCAGUUCGCACAGAGUGAAAGAAAUAAAGUACAGAGUGCAUAUGAUGCACUGAAAAAACAGUGGGAAGAACAUUUCACGACGUGUGGUAAAGGCAAUAAGGAAAAUCUUAAGAAGACCGAGAAACUAGUCGCUGAAAGGGAGAAGUUACAAAAGGCUUUGGAAUCUGCUAAAGAAGAACACAGUCAAAUAUCAGAGCAAAACCAGACUCUGCAAGCAGAGUUGAAGAACAUGUCACAAGAAAGAGGUGAGCUUAGGAGUGAAGUGAAAUCAUUCGAAAACCAACUGAAUGCGGUGGCAGUAGAAAAAGCUGCUCUUUACAAGGAUUUUCAAUCUGUGAUGGAUCAGUUGUCAGAGCUGAAAGAGAAUCUUCACGUUGAACAGAAGGAAAAAGAGGAAUUAAGCAACAGGUUGGACGAUGCCACUCAAGAAAAGGGUAAUUUGCUCAGCAAAGUCUCGAGUUUGGAGGAGAGCAUUUUAUCAGCUGACCAAGAAAGAACGAUAUUGGAAGAUAGAAUGAAUGCGCUUACAGAGGCAAAAGAUGAAGUUGAAAAGAAACUGGCGUCGGUGACGGAGAGUCUAGAAACAGAAAAGCAGGAGUUAAGCAGCAGGUUGGACAGAGCCGCGCAGGAAAGGAACGAUUUACUCAGCAAUCUGUCAACCUUGGAGGAGAGGAUUUUAUCAGCUGAAAAUGAACGCAACGUGUUGCAAGGGAAAUUAACAUCGCUUACGGAGGAAAAAGCUGGAAUUGAAAAUCAAAUGACAUUGUUACGGGAGACAUUACAAACUGCAGAAAAAGAAAAGCAGGAACUUUUUGAUCAGAUUAAGAGCUCUUCUUCAGAGGAUAGCAAGCUACAGGGGAUGGUCGAGAGCUUGGAAAAAAUGCUGCAUGAUUCAGAGAGCAGAUAUCAAGAACAAAGUCGAGCCCUGCAGGAAAGCCAACAGAAUCAGGAGCAUCUGCAAAAUAAGAUUCAGUCUUUGGAAGAAAUGACGAGAAACGGAGAAAGCGUGAACAAGGAGCUAGAACAGUGCUUGUUGGAGAAAGAGGAAGCGUUGAGAGUAGCACAAAGCAAGACUGCUGAGAUGGAACAAGAACUCCACACAGCGUUGCAAGAAAAACAGGAUCUUAACGUGAAGCUAACAACAUUACAAGAACAGGCGACCACUGUAGAAAAUAAUGUGCAGACUUCUGAGGAGAUAGCGAAGGCAUAUGAACAGAAAAAUAAGGAUUUAACAGAAAAGCUUGCGACAUCGUCAAAGGAAAAGUUGACGUUAGAAGAGAGAAUGAAGGCAUCGGAAGAGAAGCUGAACAAAGCUGAAGAAAAUCACAAGGAUUUGAAGAGUCAAUUGACAGCCUUGUCAGAGGAAAACAUCUCUCUUGAAAGCCACGCUAAAAAGCUACGGACAGAGUUAGAAAGUGCCGAGGAAACUCAAGAGGUAAGGUCGAGUGUCUCAUCAGGUCAUGUUAGGACUUAACGAAGGUCUCCGUAUUGACUAAGGGAAGUAAUCGCAGUAAACAUACUGGGAGCUGUAUUGCAUUUGGGCCACAGUCUUACCACUGUCGUAUUGUAGCUGUGUUGCACCACAGCCACACCACAGCUUUUCUUGAAGUCUUUUCGUGCCACAGUCCCGCCACAGCUGUACCGUGCUUUCUUUGUGUCACAGUCAUACCAAUUUCGCGAGUGUGUUUUUAUUGCGCCAUAGUAACCAUACAGUUUACAUUGUUCUUUUGCACCAGAGAGUCAUUCUGUAUUUUUGUCGG